CCGUGUAGCGAGCACCAAUGCCCAGGCGGUGCCCCUCCAUACAAACAGAGGACGCAAGCACUUCACCCACAUUUGUGGAUGUCUUUACCAAUCUAGAUAUCGAGGUGUGGGAUCCUCCGUUUGCAUGGAGGGGAAGCAGCCAUUCACUCAUGUCGGACAAGGAUAGCUCGCUUAUCCUUAGUACCCUUUCCACCAGGUAUAAAUAAAGGCUUCUUCUUGGGAAAUGCCCAAAUGGGCCUCAUCCACUUCUUGACCGUUUCCUUCCUCAGCAUAUACCGGUACUGGUAAGUCCCCAUCAAGCCCUCAUAUACAGCUUCACUCACUCACAACCACCACCAAGUCUUAGAUACAUACCCCCCUCAACACAACUUCCACCCAGCAACCUACAUCCAACCAGACAAAAUGUCGGCCUUAUCCAAAACUCAAUCUAGCUCCAAAGUCCUCCGCAUUGGCGUCGUCCUCUUCCCGGGCUUUGAUGCCCUCGAUGCCUUCGGCCCUAUGGACUGCCUGAACGCUCUCUCCUCAAAACGCCAUAUAACACUCUCUAUCCUCUCGCACACCCUCGGUCCGGUCUCAACCAAAUCCCCUUUCGCGCGACGAUCCAUUGGCCAGUCCAUCAUGCCAACACACACCUUCGUCGAUGCACCGACCCUCGACGUUCUCAUUGUCCCCGGGGGCGCCGGCACCCACUGCCUCGGAAGCGAGCCCGUCGAAGCCGCGAUCAACUUUAUUGCGGCCUCCUACCCGAGCCUCAAAUACCUGAUUGCAAUUCGGAAGGGGUGCGGUCUGGUAGCGCUAUCCGGUGUGUUCAGUAUGAACAUGGCGACCAAAAAAGGUAAAAACGGUACGCUGGAUACCAAGCCAGCCAGCAAGGAGGUUACAAAGUCCGUGGUCAAAGUGGAGGAGACGGAGAAGAAGAUAAUUGAGAAAGCUAGUAAGCUUGAGAAGAUAGUGAAUGGGUGCAAAGGACAGGUCGACGUGCGUGCUGACUGGGCUGCUGGCGCGAAAUGGAUGGUCCAUAAGAAUAUCUGGACUGCCUCGCGCGGCAAUAGCAAUGUGGGGAUUGAUAUUAUUUUGGCCUGGUUGGAGCAGGUGUACGGUGAGUGGGUUGCGGGUGACAUUGCUGCGCAGAUGGAGUACGAGAGGCGUGGGGAUGCUAGGGUGGAUUAUUUCGAGGCCUUCAAUGCCAUGCAGGAGAACGGCAACAACUGGGGGUGGUAG